AUGUUCAAAUACGUCAACUAUAUCUUUACGUCGAUAGGCUAUAAAAAGCCCUAUAGUCUCUUGGUCAAGAGGAUAGUUGUAGACGGGUUUAAGCACUUCGAAGUGCUAGAGUCCAUUGAUUUGAAGGUCCUGCCUUUGCAACAGUCAAGGAGAGGCGCGUUGCAAGGCGCGUUGAGAGUAGGCAAGGCACUUGGCAAUGCGGUGGGCGAUGCGGCAGGCGAGGAUCUGGGCGAUGCGCUAGGCGAUACAGUGGGCGAUACGGGAGGCCAGGCGCUGGGCGAUGCGGCAGGCGAUGCGGCAGGCGAUACGGCAGGCGAUACGGCAGGCGAUGCAGCAGGCGAUGUGGCAGGUGAUACGGUGGGCAAUGCCGUAGGCGAUGUGGUAGGCGAUGCGGCGGGCGAUGCGGCAGGCGAUGCGGCAGGCGAUGUGGCAGGCGAUGCGGUGGGCGAUGCCGCAGGCGAUGUGGCAGGCGAUGCGGCGGGCGAGGAUCUGGGCGAUACGGCAGGCGAUGCGGCAGGCGAUGUGGCAGGCGAUGCGGCAGGCGAUGCGGCAGGCGAUGUGGUAGGCGAUGCUAUAGGCGAGGCUUUGGGCGAUGCCUUGUAG